GCGGUCCUGGGAUAGCGAUGGAGACGCCGGGCGUAUCCGCCCCGGCCCGGUUGCUCCCUGCUGGGUCUGGGCCCCGUAGGAAGCGCGCGACUGGGGAGGCUGGGGCUACAACGAGCAAGCAACGGAUCCUAGACGAGGAAGAGUAUAUCGAGGGCCUCCAGACAGUCAUCCAGAGGGAUUUCUUUCCUGAUGUGGAGAAGCUGCAGGCCCAGAAGGAGUACCUGGAGGCCGAGGAGAAUGGAGACUUGGAACGGAUGCGCCAGAUUGCCAUCAAGUUUGGUUCUGCCCUGGGCAAGAUGUCCCGAGAGCCCCCGCCACCCUAUGUGACUCCAGCCACAUUUGAAACCCCUGAGGUGCACACGGGCACUGGAGUGGUGGGCAGCAAGCCCAGGCCCCGAGGCCGAGGCUUGGAGGAUGGAGAGGCUGGCGAAGAGGAGAAGGAGCCUCUGCCGAGCCUGGACGUUUUCCUGAGCCACUGCACAAGCGAGGACAAUGCCUCCUUCCAGGAGAUCAUGGAGGUGGCCAAGGAGAAGAGCCGGCGCCACGCCUGGCUCUACCAGGCUGAGGAGGAGUCUGAGAAGAGGGAGAAAGAUAACCUCGAGCUCCCAUCGGCAGAGCAUCAAGCUGUCGAGGGCAGCCAGGCAGGCGUGGAGACCUGGAAGUACAAGGCCAAGAACUCCCUCAUGUACUACCCCGAGGGUGUCCCUGAGGAAGAGCAGCUGUUUAAGAAGCCCCGGCAGGUGGUGCAUAAGAACACACGCUUCCUUCGGGACCCCUUCAGCCAGGCUCUGAGCAGGUGCCAGCUCCAGCAGGCGGCUGCCCUCAAUGCCCAGCACAAACAGGGCAAGGUGGGCCCCGACGGGAAGGAGCUCAUCCCUCAGGAGUCCCCCCGAGUGGGCGGAUUUGGAUUUGUUUCCACCCCUUCUCCUGCCCCGGGUGAGAAACGCGCUCCUGGCAAGCGGGCCCACUGCUGGGACUGCCUGGGGGGAGGGACCUAG